AUGCAGGCGCAGCACUGUCGUGGCAAAAUGGUGGUAAGCGAAUUUUCAUUUUGUUAGAAAUAUGUCAGGAUUUUUGUCAUUUAUCCUGUAAAGUGUUUUACUAUUUAGUGGAUGAUUAGCGUACUUGUCUGUCUUCAGGAUCAUUUCUGCUAAUCUUAGCUGCAUUAUAAUCGUUGUCUAGUCGAAAAGAGCUAAUCACAGCUCUUUGUUUACAUUUUGUCAUCACUGAUCUACAGCGUAUAGCCUUACAAUUUAAGGCGAAUCUUGAAAACCUCACCAAUGUAAGGCCAGACGAGGAGGAUUUCCGUUGGUACUUAAAGGUAGGGCAUCGUAAUUUGCCUAAAAAGAUUCACAAACAGUCUCAUGUUUUGUUUUCGAAUUAACAAAUCAGUCUUGUCAAAAGCUUAAAAGGUAAGGUAAUACACAUGUAAAAACAGUCGAUCCUCUUCGAUAUUCUUUAAUAAAUUUGUUGAGCGAACACUUUUUAGAAAGUUCCCAUGGCCCCAAUUCUUACCUCGGUGGUAAAUGGUUCUGGAGCCACAAAUAAGCUCCCAGAAAUCUCUAUUUCAGUGUCCUCUCGAUGAAAAAACACCUGUUUUUUUAUUGCUCAAGGGAUAUUGUAUGGUUCGUUCAUCUGUUGUUACGUUUCCCAAUAUACAGAAUAACUCAUUCGGAGGGCUUUAUGGCGCCCCAAAUGGUAAUGUCAAUUUUAUCCCCCCCACCCCUGCCCCCCAUCCCCGGAUGAGCAGAUUCCUGCCACCUCACGUUUUUGUCAGAGCCGUGUGAAAAACCUUUCUUACCCCCUCUCUUUGAAAAUGGAUUCCUAAUGGUUCAAAAUAAUAAUAUUUAUUUAUACUGUGCAAAUUCAACUAUACAGUUUUCAAAUGCGUUCAUCCGCUGUGGACACUCAUCCUUAGGGGAGGGAGGGUGGAGGGAUCACUAUAAAAAUAGAGUGUUCUUUCCACAGGUACUUCACUGAAAUAAUGAUAGACAUUAAACAUAAUGUGAUUACAAACAAAUCUAACUGGCAGGAGGCAAACUUGUUGGAGGAGUUAAACCUGGCGAGGGGGAGGGGAGGGGGGGUGGUUAGUUUUUGCUGGGUAUGUGCUGCUGGCCUCUCAAAACCUGUAGCUAUUAUACUGGUAGUCUAUUCUGUGACCAAGAAUAGACCAAACCUUAGUUACUUUUGGGAAAAUGUAAUUUUCACGAUCCCAGCUAUAAAAUAUACAAGGGAUGGUAUAGAUCAUUACAACUCCUGCCCCCCAGUUGUGUCCGCUAGAGGCUAAGAAUAGCAUUAUAUGACAGGUCAUUUAGUGUACCACAUUUUUAUAUUUCCUUUUUUUUCUAUUCUUAUAGUUAAUUCUUGUACUUUUUCCUUAGCUGCAAUGUCAAAAUUGUGGGGAAAAUACCAAGGAUUGGGUUUAUAUGUGUCUUGCAGUAAGUUAAUUAACACAAUGUAAAAGUAGUGCUGAAGAGGUUUCAGCUGAAUUGUAACAUCGUUGAUAGUAUUUAAUCCACAGAGUCAAAAGUUAGAACUGCCUUAUUCGUCCUGACAAACACUAGCACAGGAAUGUACUGCUCGGUAGAUUUUAUUUUAAUGGUCAUUCACAAAUUAGGGUUUCAUGCACAGACUCAAAAGUUAGAGCCACCUAAUACAGUAUAGAAAUGGCAUCACAGGAAGGAACUGCUCAGUGGCUUUCAUUUGAACGGUCACACUUCAGGAUUUCUUCUACACACUCAAAAGUUAGAACCACCUUGUACAGCAUAAUAUACAGUACAACAGGAAAGAACUGCUCAGUAGCUUUUAGUUGAAUGCAUGGUCGUGUCACAGGAUUUCACUCACAGACUAAAGUCAGUACUACGUUGCAUGUUUUUGUGGCUUUAAUAAUUAUUAUUGUACACCUGGAAUCCAACAAGUCCUUUUGUGAUAAAACAUACUGAAUAACCUGUAUUGUUAAUAGGAAGCUCAAGCAGUAAAAGGAAGCAGAGGAAGUGCAAAUUUUGUUUCAAAGUGUAAAUUAUGUGGAAGAGAGAAUACCAUGGGUAAGAAAAUGUGGCUAAUGAAUGAUUAAUAUAAUAUUAAUAUAAAAGAGAGAAUACAUUUAUUCCGAAGUUUGAUUGGUGCCCCAAAAUUGGAUGGAUUGCAAAUUUAUUGGAUAUGUUGUAUGAUUAAAUGUGGCUAAAUGUAAUUUAGGCAAAGUUAACCUCGAAGCAAUGCUGGUUAGCUGUUUCCCCAGCUAUAGUAUGGGUGGCCCGAUGCCUCUAGCAGGGGCACCUGGUGACUUAUAUAUGCAGUUGCUUGCUUGCAGUUCUUGCAGUUCUUCGCAAAGUGUUGUUGCAAUAGCUUACUGUUUGCGUGCCAGUUUGUGCUUUGGUUUUUCCCAUCCCUCCCUCCCUCUUGGUGUGGGCUAGGUAAGUAUUGGGUUGGUAAGUAUUCCACUGAAUUGUUCGGUGUGACGGUGCCUGGUGGGGGCCACUCGCAGGGUUGCCAUGGAUACUUCCUCCUCAUGCUAGAGCAUUUCCCAGCUCCACCAACUUUGUGGGCACCAACGCCCAUGCUCAUCUAUUGGUGAUGAGUUUAAUGCAAACUCAAUUUGAUGUGAUACCAAGUUAAGUUUUUUUGCUGCCAUUUAAGAGGUCAUAAAAUCAGCUUUUGUUCUAACCAUAACGGAAUUAAUUCUAUGAUAUAACUAUUUAUUUUUUCUUUUGUUUUUUUUUUAAUCAACAGAUAUUAUCAAAGACAGCAUAAAGGAAUAUACGGUAAUUUUAAGACUUGGCUAUAAUUUUCUCUUUUGUUUCUCUAAUAAACCGAUAUAAUCAAAGAUAGCAUGAAGGAGUAUACAAUAGUUUUAAGAUCUGGCUGUCUUGUAGACACUUUCAAUUUGUUUUAACCUCAUGGGGUGUUCAUUACAGGCUGAAGAUAGCAACAGGUUUAAGACAAUGGUGGCAUUUGAUUGUAGAGGUGUAGAACCAGUUGACUUUUCACCACGGGUGAGUCAUUUAUCCACGGCAUUUGUGAUGAAGCACAGACUUGGCAAGUCUCACGACUUUGUCGUGAGUCUCACAAUAAAUAAAUAAAUCUCACACUCUCACAAGUUGACAACCGAUUUCCCUCGUGUUACCCACCUCUCACUACUUUUUCCAGCUCUGGGUUCAGAAUCUCACAUUUUUUGCCUUUUGGGGGUUAGCAAGUCUAAGAUUUUUUCUGAAAUUUUACUUAUACCAGUUGUCCACUUACUGUUGUUUGUCCUCAGGGUGGAUUUGUGGCUGAAGGUGUUGACACUGGAACUAAGUUCACAGAUGUCAAUUUAACAGAAAAGGUACAUAAUUUUAACCAAAGCUGACAGGCAAGUUAACUCUUGAUUUAACAUAAGCUUACAUGAACUCUGAGGACUGUGAUUCACAAGAACACUUAACUUAUAGAGAAGGAAAGUAUCAAAGAAAAAAAUUAUAGAAAAAAAAAACAUUUCAGAAAGGUACCAGAAUUGCCUUUUGUAGGCAUGGCAAGGGAUUCCAAUAAUAAUUAUUUUUACACAACAAAUUAACUGGCUUUGACAAGUUUCAUUUAUGACUACGGUUAGAUAUAAUAUGCUGGCAUAAUUUUGGACAUAAUGCUUCAGUUGGAGCAUGAAGUGUAAUGCAGGCAUAAUGGAAAUUUUCAUCGCCGAGUGGUCAGAGCUUCAGUUUAACAAUCUGGUGUUCCCGGGUUCGAGUGCUGCUCUGACCAGUAUCUGGAUUUGUUUCCUGUUCAUUCCAAAUUCAAAUCCUUGGCCACACUUUUAAAUAGCCAACUGAUUGCCUCCUGCCAGUUGUGCUUUUUGGGAUUAUUUGUUUGUAAAAAUUAUGUCAGUGGAGUAGCAUUAUCUACCUUUUGAACAACCGGGGUCAAGACUACACAGAAAGACAUUUAUCGUUCUUUACUUUUCCUCUUAGGACUGGUCUGACUAUGACGAGAAAGCAGCAGAAGCAGUUGGAAUUUAUGAAGUUACUCAUCAGUUUCUUAAGUUACACUGAUUGGACUGUCGUUAGGGAAUGAUGACCCCACUACUACAUGAUCGGUGGUCAUAGCCUACUCCAAGCGUUUAGAUUGUAUCAGUUGACAGAAGUGACUUUUAUUUGCAACAUUCAUAGUACUCUGAAAGAUGAAAUGUGGUGUGACUAAAUUCUAAAGUUGUGUUUUAAAUAACAGACAACACAGAUGUGUUCAAAACAUGUCUUAACAACAAUUAUUAAUACAAGUCUUUUGAUGUGCUUGUUUACAAAGGUUAUAAACCUUUGCUUCCCAAAAAAUCAAACAAAAACAAAACAACACAAAAAAGGUGAGAGAACUGAAGGAAGU